AUGUUAACUCCAAAAUUUGAGGUAUCACAAAAUGAUCAAUUCAUCAUCAUUGCCAUCAAAGUACCCUAUGGAAAAGUUGCAGAUAUGGAAAUCUAUGCAAAAGAUACUGAAUUUCUUUUCCAUAUGCAUCCAUAUUUCUUAAGGCUCAAUUUACCAGGCUCUGUUGUUGAAGACAGUAGACAAUCUGCAGCAUACGAUAUUGAUCAAGGAACUUGUACGAUAAAUUUACCAAAAGUAAAUGAAGGUGAGCAUUUUGAAAGUUUAGACUUGUUGACGACCCUUUUAGCACAACCUAAACAACAGAAGUACAAGCCCUCAUUGAUCGAAGAAAACUUGUUUGAUAUUAUCGAUGUUCCUGAACCUGAAAGAAUGACUGCAGCUGAAAGAUCAACCGAAAGAAUUGCUGCUGAAGAUGAAUACUUUAACGAGGAUCAUUAUCUUGCUGACUUUAUGGAGAACGAACAAAUAAAGCAAUUAAUAGCAUUUAUAACUCCUUGGCAAGAAGCUUGCGAUAUCAUAGAUAGCACAUAUGAUCAACUGAGAGAAUUACCAAAUAAAGAAUAUUUAUUAGAUAAAUUAGAAGACUAUCAAUUACUACUCGGUUUAAUCGACAUUAUAUUUGCAUAUGCUUACAAUUACCGUACGACCGAAGGUGAAAAUACCGUAGAAUCUGCAUGGACAAUUUGUAAAAUAAGUUCGUCUUUAUCAUGGCUGGAGGUUUUCAAGCGAUUUCAAAGUGUAUUAAUAGCAUGCUGCAGAAGAGCUCUAUGCUAUCCUUUAUACAGAAACUGGGAUUUAAUUCAAGUUAUUCUGAAGGAUGUAACAACUAUUUUCCGACUAGGUAAAAGAUAUAUUCUGAAAUGUUUAUUAGAAAUUCGACAAAUUCUUAAAAAUCACGAGAAUAAGUAUAUUCUAAAUGACGUUUAUAUUACUGAUUACUGCGUUUGGAUACAAAAAUUA